AUGGAAAAAAAGGAAGAUGCAGAAAUUAAAAAAAAGUUGGAGCAGACCCUUUCAAUUUUCAAAAGGCUUUCCUUGAAGGCUAGUGAUAGGAGAGACGAUGAAUAUAAUGGCUGUAGCAAAAUUUCUCAGAAACUCUCACAAGCAAAUGUAAAAUAUCAAAAUGUGGAGCAGUCAUCAACAGUAUCGGGAUAUGCACGCGGUUUUGCCAACAUACGUGCUCUAUAUAGGUAUAAACCGUACUGGUCACCAAUUAUAAGAAUAAGUGACGCAUCAAAUCGAAAUUUUAUCAUCGAAAAGCUUGGCUGCAUUAAGUUGAAAGGAGAUAUUCGAGACUUGCGAAUUUUAUUGGCUGAAAGCACCACAACUUUGAAAAGAAGUAACAAUUCAAGUUGUUCAUUGGAAGCACGUUGUUCAUCAUGGGAUUUAGAUGACGAAGGAGUGGAUGGUGCUGUUGCUGAACUAGCUGAAUAUUUUGAUCAGUUUGUUACCAUUUCAUUGAAAAUGUCGGCUUUAGCUGAAAGUAUGUAUGCGUAA